AUGUUCUCCAAGUCGGAUUCCAAAGGCGAACAAGCAGCAGAGGAACAGGGACUUUUACGUCCUAGCGUCGACCUAGCCCCUCCAAGUUACGCUGUUUCAAAACCGACAGCGGGUGAUUCGCCGGUUUCAACGAAACCAGCAUCCCCUUCGUCUGAAUCUGGGGAGUCUCCGCCCAUUGAGUUGAGCCCAUCGGGCAACCCUUUGAAGGACGCUGCUCACCGGCUUCAACAAGCGAUAGAAGAGUACAAGGCCGUUCAUGAGCAAUUUAGCGGACCUGGUGCCAGUGCUCAGGAUAAGCAAACUGUCAGGGAACAGGAAGAAGCUAUCAUACGCAAAUUAAAGGAAACUGGUGACAGAUCGAAUGACAUUCGCGUCAGGGAAUACUAUCACAGGACCGCUGAACUCUUUAUGCGGGCAGCGCCAGGGAAGAAGAAAGGAAUACUGAACGAUGUUGGGAGAGGGUUAGUGAUGCUCGUUGCUGCCCCAAUUGCUUUGUGUGCUGCUUCGAUCGGAGCAGUGGGGGAUAUUUUGGCCGGGACGGGUUUGUUGGUUAAGGGCAUUGGGAAGACCAUGUUGGUCGUUGCAACUGGUGGUAAGAGCUUGAAGGAACGAGCAGGAAUUAGGGUAUCCGCAUCGUAG